UUUUAUAGAGACUUUGAUUCAUUUGGCCUCAUUCGCCUAUUUGUUUAAUGGUAUUCCCAUAAUAUCCGAACAUAAAAAAUGCGUCACACAAUCCGCUAGAAUGGAUGCAGUGAGGAUAACAAGAGAGCGAGGAUACUUUUGUCUCGAUCGGUGUCGCUCAUACUAUCAAUCAGUUUCUCUCCUGGUUUAAGUAUACGGCGGGAAAGAGACGGCACGUAAUCGAUCAGUACGGCUGCAUGUUCUGCGGCAUCGGCAACGGGAAGGGCAUCUGCGUGAAGGAGAAGUGCCCGGACGUGUCUUACACGUACCGGGCCGACUUUUAUCCCACCAAGGCGCUCAAAGACUGCCCGGACAAUGAUGAGCACGUGUGUGCGCAGCUGCACGGCUGCCACGCCUGCACCGCGGUCAGCGUGUGCCACUGGGACUACGAGCACAGCAGGUGCCAGUACAGCCGGAACAAGUCGGGCGACGCGCUGAACGACGCCUGCCCGCCGGCCUGCUCGGGGCUGACGUCCUGCGGCAACUGCACGCAGGAGGAGUGCAUCUGGUGCCAGAACGAGCAGCGGUGCGUGGACAAGAACGCGUACACGGCCAGCUUCCCGUACGGCCAGUGUCGCGAGUGGACGACCGGCUCGAGCAAAUGCCGGGCGGCGAGCAGUGGCAAGAGCCAGUGCGGGUUCUACCGCACCUGCGCCCAGUGCCGGGACGAUCCGGCCUGCGGAUGGUGCGACGACGGCUCGCUGACCGGGCUCGGCAAGUGUCUGCCGGGCGGGGACAGUGGCGCACACGAGGAGUCGGAGUGCCCGGCGCAGCGGUGGCAUUUUACGCACUGCCCGAGCUGCCAGUGCAACGGGCACAGCACCUGUCCGGAUGCGAAGACGUGCAAGCAACCGUGCAGCAAUCUAACGUUCGGCCCGAACUGCGACAAGUGCAAACCGGGCUUCUGGGGCAACCCGGUGAACGGAGGCAUCUGCCAGAAGUGCGAAUGCAACGGCCAGGCCCAGUACUGCCACAGCGAGACGGGCAAGUGCUUCUGCAGCACCAAGGGGCUGGCGGGCGACCACUGCGAGAAGUGCGACGCGACCAACCACUACCACGGCGAUCCGAGCCGCGGGUCGUGCUACUACGAUCUGACGAUCGACUACCAGUUCACGUUCAACCUGUCCAAGAAGGAGGAUCGCCAUUUCACGCAGAUCAACUUCCGCAACUCGCCGGUCAAGCCGGACAUCGAUGCGGACUUUACGAUCACGUGCAGCGUGGCGGCGCGCAUGAACAUCACCAUCCGGACGGCGGGCGGUAUCGAGAAGCCACUGUUUUCCGCGGUCAACUGCUCCACGUUUCGGUAUCGCUUUUCCAAGGCCGAGCAUCAGUUCGGCGUCGAGGACAAUGUGACGCUCACGACGUUCUACGUGUAUGUGUACGACUUUCAGCCCCCGCUCUGGAUACAGAUUGCGUUUUCGCAGUACCCGAAGCUGAACCUGCAGCAGUUCUUCAUUACCUUCUCAACAUGUUUCCUCUUACUCCUCGUCAUGGCGGCCAUUCUGUGGAAGAUCAAGCAACAUUACGAUAUGUUCCGGCGUCGUCAGCGUCUGUUUGUUGAAAUGGAGCAGAUGGCAUCGAGACCAUUUUCGCAGGUUUUGGUGGAGAUUGAAAGUAGAGAGUACAACGAGCUAUCGCCAGCGGUAGAAAACAUCACAGCUGCACCGCGGAAACGUAAAAGGUAG